AUGAACCAACAGAACCCACAUCCUGCCGGUCUGAACCGGCAGAACCCACAUCCUGCCCGUAUGAACCAACAGAACCCACAUCCUGCCCGUCUGAACCGGCAGAACCCACAUCCUGCCCAACCCACAUCCUGCCCGUCUGAACCGGCAGAACCCACAUCCUGCCCGUCUGAACCGGCAGAACCCACAUCCUGCCCGUAUGAACCAACAGAACCCACAUCCUGCCGGUCUGAACUGGCAGAACCCACAUCCUGCCCGUAUGAACCAACAGAACCCACAUCCUGCCCGUCUGAACCGGCAGAACCCACAUCCUGCCCGUAUGAACCAACAGAACCCACAUCCUGCCGGUCUGAACUGGCAGAACCCACAUCCUGCCCGUAUGAACCAACAGAACCCACAUCCUGCCGGUCUGAACUGGCAGAACCCACAUCCUGCCCGUAUGAACCAACAGAACCCACAUCCUGCCCGUCUGAACCGGCAGAACCCACAUCCUGCCCGUAUGAACCAACAGAACCCACAUCCUGCCCGUCUGAACUGGCAGAACCCACAUCCUGCCGGUCCGAACCGGCAGAACCCACAUCCUGCCCGUCUGAACCGGCAGAACCCACAUCCUGCCCGUCUGAACUGGCAGAACCCACAUCCUGCCGGUCCGAACCGGCAGAACCCACAUCCUGCCCGUCUGAACCGACAGAACCCACAUCCUGCCGGUCCGAACUGGCAGAACCCACAUCCUGCCCGUCUGAACCGACAGAACCCACAUCCUGCCCGUAUGAACCGGCAGAACCCACAUCCUGCCCGUCUGAACCGACAGAACCCACAUCCUGCCCGUCUGAACCGACAGAACCCACAUCCUGCCCGUCUGAACCGACAGAACCCACAUCCUGCCCGUCUGAACCGACAGAACCCACAUCCUGCCCGUAUGAACCAACAGAACCCACAUCCUGCCCGUAUGAACCGACAGAACCCACAUCCUGCCCGUAUGAACCGACAGAACCCACAUCCUGCCCGUCUGAACCGACAGAACCCACAUCCUGCCCGUCUGAACCAACAGAACCCACAUCCUGCCCGUAUGAACCAACAGAACCCACAUCCUGCCCGUAUGAACCAGCAGAACCCACAUCCUGCCCGUAUGAACCAACAGAACCCACAUCCUGCCCGUAUGAACCAACAGAACCCACAUCCUGCCCGUAUGAACCAACAGAACCCACAUCCUGCCCGUAUGAACCAACAGAACCCACAUCCUGCCCGUAUGAACCAACAGAACCCACAUCCUGCCCGUAUGAACCGACAGAACCCACAUCCUGCCCGUCUGAACCAACAGAACCCACAUCCUGCCCGUAUGAACCAACAGAACCCACAUCCUGCCCGUAUGAACCAGCAGAACCCACAUCCUGCCCGUAUGAACCGACAGAACCCACAUCCUGCCCGUAUGAACCGACAGAACCCACAUCCUGCCCAUCUGAACCGGCAGAACCCACAUCCUGCCCAUCUGAACCAACAGAACCCACAUCCUGCCCAACCCCCGAAGAACCCGUCCUGCAGGAGGAAUCCCAGAACUACAGAGCCCAACGUUACCUCACCAGAACCAAGAAACAGAACCAUGGAGUCCAACAGGUCAACCUGCCGUCCCGCCCUGCUCCAGGUGUCAUGGCGGCUCUGCCGCGUUUCCACUCGUUCUACUUUCCUCCUGCUGAGGAGCCUCAGAGCCAGGCAGCAGUUCUGGUUCUGGUUCUGGUUUUGACAUGA